AUGCCUGGCGUUCUAGCACCUGAGCACCAACAAGCAGAAAAGGCACGAAAGCCCACCAAGAACGAGCUUCGUCGCGCGAAGAAGAAGCAGAAGAAGAGCGAUGCGCCCGUAGAGACACCACAAUCAGAUUCGAAUGCGCCGGGUCAACCAGCAGAACCGAUCCAGCCGGUAGAACCCUCCAAGGACGACCCGAUCCAGGAUGUGCCUGCCGUCGAAAACGAUGACGAACUGCCUACAGAUGAUCCUCUCUUCUCCCAAUUUGCUGGUGUCUUUGCCAAGUUUAAGGAAGAGGACAAGGAGGAUCCCGCCCUGAAGGAACCUGAAAAGCCCGAAGUCUUCUACGAUGACGACGACAACAUCCAGGACGAAGACGAAGAGGCGGAGACGAAGCAGCGGUCAUCGAAGAAGGCGCGGAAAAUGGCGAACAAGUUAAGCAUAGCAGAACUGAAGGCCAUUGUGCGAAAGCCCGAGAUUGUGGACUGGACAGAUACUUCGGCGCAAGAUCCGAAGCUUUUGGUGAACAUCAAGAGCUCGCGAAAUGUGGUGCCGGUACCAACACACUGGAGUCUGAAGAGGGAGUAUCUCAGCAGCAAGCGGGGUAUCGAAAAGCCAGGAUUUGCCCUGCCCAAGUUCAUCGCUGAGACUGGCAUUUCGGACAUGCGCGAUGCAGUGUUGGAGAAGCAGGCAGAGGCGACUUUGAAGCAACAGCAGCGAGCAAGGGUAUCAGGAAAGACGGGCAAGCUGGACAUCGACUACCAGAAACUCUACGAGGCAUUCUUCCGGCGGCAAACGAAACCUUCACUCACUCGAUACGGCGAAGUCUACUACGAAGGCAAAGAAUUCGAGACCAACUUGCGACAUCUGCGACCAGGUGAGCUUAGCGAGGAGUUGAAGGAGGCAUUGAACAUGCCACCAGGUGCCCCGCCGCCGUGGCUGAUCAACCAGCAAAAGAUUGGUCCCCCUCCAUCUUAUCCCGCCCUCAAGAUCGCCGGCCUCAAUGCGCCGCCUCCGCCUGGAGGCCAGUGGGGUUUCCACCCUGGUGGAUAUGGUAAGCCACCAGUUGACGACCAAAACAGGCCACUCUUCGGUGGAGAUGUGUUCGGGAUGACGAUGGACGAAGGCAGCCAGAAAGAUACCACUCAGGCGGAAGCAGUGGACAAAUCGCUGUGGGGUGAGUUGCAACCACCGGCCAAGGAAGAAGAGGAGGAAGAGGAAGAGGAAGAUGAGGACGAAGAAGAGGAAGAGGAAGAUGACAGUGGCAGGAGGACAGGUCUAGAGACUCCAUAUGGUGGUACCGAGACGCCAGGCGGCAUAACGAGCACUGUUCCGACCGACUUUAUGGGCUCUCGAGGCUUACCGGACGAGAUGAAUUUGCGAAAACAGCGACUGGGCACCGAGACGGAAGCGAGCUCACAUCCACGAUCUGCUGGUCAAGUGCUCAACGAGCGCUCGAUACGAAACGAAGGCUUUUUUGGUGGCGAGCGUGCAUACGAUUUGUCUGGUAGCAACAACAUCCCUGUGCUUGGUCAAGAGCAAAGCGGCAGGAAGAGGAAGGCAGGAGAUCUUGAUGUGUCCAUGGAUCCAGAUGCGCUGCUGCGCGAUGACAAGAUGAGCAAAGAUGAGUUGCGAAGACAGUAUGAUGCACAGCGAGCACAGCAGAACCCAGGAGGAUGGCAAGGUGGAGCAGCGGAUGGCGAGGACUUGAGUGGAAUGGUGGCCGAGGAGAGUGCGAAGAGGCAAAAGAGAGAUAAGGAGAGGGCGGCUCAGAGGGGUGGCAAGAGAUAG